AUGCCAAUCAUCAGCAACGCCAACCACGACUUCAGCAGCUACUCCAUCAGCAGCGACGACAGCAGCCUGGACCGCUUCUUCACCGAGAUCCCGGAGACCGAGACCAUCAAGGGCGCUUACUUCCAGCGGGCGCAGCUGCUUCGCGACCCCAAGGCCUCGACCCCGGUCGACCACGCCCUGCAGGUCCUCAUCAAUGUCGGGGGCAACCGCUACACCUUCCCCUGGAGCACCUUGGAGCAGUUUCCCCAGAGUCGCCUGGGACGCCUGCGCCUCUGCACCACCCCCGAGGAGAUCGCACGACUCUGCGACGACUACGACGAGACGUGCCGGGAGUUUUUCUUCGACCGGAACCCGACCGCCUUCAGGGUCAUCCUCAACUUCCUGGCAGCAGGAAAACUGCGUCUCCUCCGGGAGCUGUGCGCCGUGUCGCUGCACGACGAGCUGGCCUACUGGGGCGUGGACCCGGGUCACAUGGAGCGGUGCUGCCGCCGCCGCAUGAUCACCCGGGUGGAGGACGUGGCGGAGAGAGAGAGGAAGGAGGAGGAGUGGAGGCAGAAGAGGAUGACGCUGAAGAAAAGCACCACGGAGGCGGAGCAGGGCCACGGGACCCUGGUGGGGAUCCUGAGGGAGGUGGUGGAGAACCCCCACUCGGGCCUGGCUGGCCAGACCUUCGCCUGCCUCUCCGUCGUCAUGGUGAUGGUCACCGUCAUCAGCCUCUGCAUCAGCACCAUGCCGGACCUCCGGGACGAGGAGACCCGGGGCGAGUGUUCUCAGAAGUGUCGCAGUAUGUUCGUGGUCGAGUCCGUCUGCGUCGCCUGGUUCACGCUGGAGUUCCUUCUGCGAUUCGUCAACGCCCAGAGCAAGCUGGCCUUCGCUCGCGGCCCCCUCAACAUCAUCGACGUCAUCGCCAUCCUCCCGUACUACGUGUCGCUGGUCAUCGAUGUCAGAGACGAGUCCCCGGACGAGGUCGUCAUGGGCGCCGGCCGAGGCUACCUGGACAAGCUGAGCCUGAUCCUGCGGCUGCUGCGGGCGCUGAGGAUCCUGUACGUGAUGCGGCUGGCUCGCCACUCGCUGGGCCUGCAGACGCUGGGCCUGACCAUGCAGCGCAGCAUGCGGGAGUUCGGCCUGCUGCUGCUGUUCGUCUGCGUGGCCGUGACGCUCUUCUCACCUCUGGUCCAUCUGGCGGAGAGCGAGCUAGCGCCGUUUGCCGCCACGCACCCUCAACACAGGUUCAGCAGCAUCCCAGCGUCCUACUGGUGGGCCAUUAUCUCCAUGACUACGGUGGGCUACGGGGACAUGGUGCCGCGCAGCAUCCCCGGACAGAUAGUGGCACUGACCAGCAUCCUGAGUGGCAUCCUCAUCAUGGCGUUUCCCGCCACCUCCAUCUUCCACACGUUCUCCCGCUCCUAUCAGGAGCUGAAGCAGGAGUAUGAGCGGCUGUGGAAGGAGGAGAGAGGCGAGGAGAUCGCUGCCGAGUCCGAGAACAGCUGGUCCAAGGUGGAUUCGUCACCUGAUGAGGUCACGUCUAUCUCCAAGGACGACAAGGACGGACCGAUGUCCAGCGAGAGUCGUCAGUCCAAACUUCCUUCAACAGCUUUUUAA